GCGGCGGCGGAACGGGCGGAGGCAGCCGGUUUCGUAACCGUCGCUCCUCCUAGCUGACUCGCGGGCUGCGAGGCCUGGGUCGGGUCGGGCCGCGCCGCGCGGGGCCGCUCGGAGAGGAGGCCGCCUGGGGGCGGGCGGGCUGGAGGCGCAGGUCCAUGAGAAGAUUUUUGGCAGUUUAGCGUGGAAACCAUUGAUCACUUUACCUUCGUUUCUGUCUAUUCUGUGUCAAAAGGGAGAGUGCCCAAAUGAGCAAGAUAGCGCAGCAGAACAGCACCCCGGGAGUGAAUGGAAUAAGUGUUAUUCACACUCAGGCUCAUGCCAGUGGCUUACAGCAGGUUCCUCAGCUGGUACCGGCUGGCCCGGGGGGAGGUGGCAAAGCUGUGCCUCCAAGCAAGCAGAGCAAAAAGAGUUCACCGAUGGAUCGAAACAGUGAUGAAUAUCGUCAGCGCAGAGAAAGGAACAACAUGGCUGUGAAAAAGAGCCGAUUGAAAAGCAAGCAGAAAGCACAGGAUACACUGCAAAGAGUCAAUCAGCUCAAAGAAGAGAAUGAACGGUUGGAAGCAAAAAUUAAAUUGCUGACUAAGGAAUUAAGUGUACUGAAAGAUUUGUUUCUUGAGCACGCACAUAACCUUGCAGACAACGUGCAACCCAGUAGCACUGAAACUACGACAACAAAUUCUGAUAAUGCAGGACAGUAGACCUCACUCCUCUAGACUUCAAACUCAUGGCUUGAACUUGACAGGUGUGAUACCUACAAUCACUCUCAUCGAUGGCUGAACGCUGUCUGGUUCCAUUACUCAAAGAUCCAUUGAAGGUUGUUUUCUAGGAUCAGCACUGAAGAGUUGAUUAGCUAAAAAUGUUAUUCUUACAAUUCAAACAUCUGGUUUUAAAUGGUAGGAUAUUUGUGGGGAUAGAAAGCCAAAUUUUUAAGAUAAAUGGCAAAAAUACCUUGGACCUUGAUGUUCUUAAUAAAUCUUGACUUUCCAAGAAAUGCUUCUUUUUUAGGUUGACAAAA